GUGGUCACCAUGGAAACGUCACAAACGUUAUUCUACCCGACCAAACCGAGUCAGUAGAUAACUUUAGUUCUCUCUACACUUCCGACACAAAGCAAGUGAAGAUCGGUGCAGUCAGUAAUGCAAGGUGGUACGGUGGUUAGGUCAGCUCCGUAUACCGCGGUCAUAAUCGGAUCUAAAUGUCCAGGGGAUGAAACUCUUAGCUCCAUCAGGCGUGCUGAGCGCCUGGUGCUCCAGUCUCAUGUACGCACUCUGGAUUGCACCGCACGCUAUCGAGCUCCACCUCACUCAUCCCAGCUCCCGGGUCCAACACUUCGGGCCUACAGUGUUAAAAAGGACGUAAUACAAACUCGACCUGCAUCUUCUGGCACUCUGCUGAAUUCAUUUUGCGGGACUGGCCCGUUCCCACCGCCUGCGCUUCGCGAGCAAAGUGCAGGCCUCAGCAAAGCACUGUCUGCUGAAUACACCCGUGCAGUACGGCAGGUAGAAGGUAAUUUACGGAGACAGGCUGGGAGGAUCAACGAAGCAGCCACUAGGCUGAAUCAUCAGAAAGAGAAAUUAGAGAAGCUGCUACGAAGUGUCAGGACAGCACUGCUUGUCAACAAGAAAACCACAGAGGAGCGAACACGAAGACCAGCAACUGAGACAGAAAAAGAUGAAGCUGAUUUUCUGCUCUGCCAUGAGAAAAAAGGCUUGAACGAGCUGAAGUGGAACCUGGACGUUCUGCUGAAAGAAACUUUAACUCAAAUACAGACACUAACUCAAAGCAGCAGAUGGCUCCUGGACUGUGCCUUUGAAAGGUCCAGGGUAAUUGAGCUGCUCCCUCAGAAAGGACCACCUUCAGCAUCUGUCCAUCCCUCAAUCUCUCCUCUUUCACUGGAACCUGACCCUUCUGGUCCGUUUACUCCAGAGUGUAAAGAGGUGCUUGAGUCAUCAGCAGCAGUCUUGCAGACGUCUAAGCUGCACAGCAGGAGAAUUGAACAGGUCAUGUGUGAUGUUAUCAAGAAACAAGCAGCUCUACACCAGUCAGUUAAUGAAGGUCUACUACAGAAAAUUGCACAAACCCAGAGUCUACAGCAACGUCUAACGAUGAGCUCAGCAGCCACUAGACAGGCCAUCUACCGCAAAAAGAGACAGAUGCAGUGUGCCAGCUACAGCCAUGGAAGAGCUCUGGGUCCAGUCUCCUCUGGUGACCUGUUCUGCAGAGAAAGGAUUAACAGGCCUAUUGUGCAGGUGUAUGAGAGACACCCAACUUUUCAGCUGCCUGAGACCAGACUCCUAGCACAGGGCAAAGCUAUGCUAAAGCACCAUUUGGAGCGUGAAGAGAAAACAGUAGGAGAGCUGCAAGAUGUACAUCUGCAGCUGGAGGAUGACUUUUGUGUAAAGAGAGAGUCAGCAAGGGUGGACUCUGCCGCACUCCGGCUUCGAAGAAUGAAUACCUCUCACAUAUUUGUCUAGUCAGCAAAUGCAUGACAAUUUUAAACCUAUUUGCGUUCACUUCUUUCAAACUCGUAUGUACAUCUUUGCACCAGUAUUAUAUAGAUUUGAGUUAAGUACAACUAACAUACUGGUCCAUAUAUCUGGUCAUCAUUAAAUAUAAUGAAUCUCAAGACUUUGUUUCGGACGUCUUUUGUAUUUUAAUUAUCAGGGUCGUGUGGUCAUUAAUACAAUUAUUAAA